CCUGCUUUUCCUGUUCCUGUUCCUGUUUUUUUAUUUUUUAUUUUUUUUUAUUUUAUUUUUUUUUGAUACCAACACUUUUUUUUUUUUAUCUGCGUGUUGGGUUCCUUACAUCAUAAUAUGGCGUGUUGUCAAAAACAAAGUCAAGUGUACCUUAUUUUGACAAACCUCUUGUUUUUCAUAUGUGGAUGUGGAUUAUUAGCCUUUGGAAUGAUGGCCACACAAGCUAAAUUCAAUGAUGCUAUCCUAAUACCUAUCAAUAUCCUCAAAAUGAUUACAAUACUAGGUUUGAUCCUCAUCUUUACCUCGCUGGUGGGUAUUUUAGGUGGUUUCUACAGAGAACGAAGAGCCAUCCAUCUACUGUAUACAACACUUGUUCUUGUAGCAUUUAUAUAUCAGAUAUCCAUUGCAGUAAUUGUUUAUGAUCAAGCUGCACACAUACCCAACUGGUUAAGCGACACAUGGAAUGAUUCCAGUCGAGAGUAUAAGCUCUUUGCACAGAAAAAGUUUAGCUGUUGUGGAUUCUCUCAUACAUUAGAUCAUCCUGUAGCAACACCCACUUGUAUGCCAGACCACGUUGUAAAUUCGGCCCAACCUUGUUAUGAAUUACUGACUCAUUUUAUCCGAGCGGAUCUAUCUCAUAUCUAUAUUGCCUUAUUUACAGGAUUGGCGAUUGAAUUGUUAGCUCUUUGUAAUGUGAUUACCCAUCUAUGUUCAAUUGAUAAUAUGACGAGAAGGAAAUGGGAAGUGAGUCCUGAAGAACAACGAAAAUACGUUCAUGAUUAUAAUCUUUCUGCUGAUACCUUGGUUGCACCUCCUUCCAUACAAUCCAAGUCAAGACAAUUCUAAACCUAAACCAACACACACACACACACACACACACACAAACUGGUUUUUCCUUCUUUUUUUCUGCUUUUAGAACCUAACAACCCCCCUAUUCCAAAAACCUCCUCUUUUCUCCUUACAUCAAUGUACUUUAACCUUUUUCAAACACCUAAAAAAACCUUUAGAUAGAGAAUUGCUUUUCUUACCAUUAAAAAAAAAAUAGCGAUUUGAGUUUUUU